AUGACCAAUCCGUUUGGCCACGCCGAUGUCAAGCUACGAGAUCCACCAUCACGGGGCUCGGAUUCCGCGGACACUCAAAGCGUUGACCUAGCCCACUCACGGGUAUACCACAUCUACCAUACACCCAUUCGUUAUGACUACCGCGUGUCGGAUGUGAAUAAGAACCACCUCUACUACGUGUACAACUCGCACCUGAAACCGCUCAAGGCAGACAUAACGCUCCAUGCUGGCGAAAACAGCAAGGAGCCGGUAGCAGGCGUCUGCAAGUUCCUCCAUCUUUCGCGGCAUUGUAAAGUCGGCCUGGGAGACCCGCAACAUGCUGGGGCCAUGAUCUGGGAGGACCUCCAAUGCCAAAACCUCGCACUGUCCAAGUACCGGUGGCCCAUGUCUGUACCUAUGGCCGAUGGGAGACUGGAGCGCCGAUGGUUUGUCUGGAAGAGAACCCAUUCAGUCGGCGCGGAUGGGGAAUCGCCGUUACUAUUCAGUCUCCGCAACUACAAGCUCAUUGACGAGCAAAAUGGGAAGGUGGUGGCUGUUUUUACCAGCAACAGCUUCAAGAGCGUUCGAAAGAAUGGCAAACUUCAGGUGGCGGUUGGGUAUGGGCCCGAAUUUGACCUGAUGGCUCUUAUCACGCUGCUAGCUAUGUAUGAGAAAGUCCGACGCAGAUGGGCCAAGGGAGGUGGAGGAGGAGGAGAUGGGGGGUAA